GAAAUAGACAUUCUUAUUGACAGAAAAGAGUGGAUAUCCAUUUUUUUGGGUGCGAUCAUUUUCUCAAUUAAUUUUUGAUUUGAUGUUUUGAUUUUGAUUUUGGUUGGAUCAAAUUAUUUCCCGAUCAAAAUGAGAUCAACAACAAUUUCACAUCAGAAAUUAGCCGAAAAGCUAACAAUUCUGAAUGAUCGUGGUAUUGGUAUGCUUACACGAAUCUAUAACAUUAAAAAGACAUGUAGCGAUCCAAAAUUAAAACCACAUUUUUUAUUGGAUAAAUCAAUGGAAUCAAUUAUUAAACAUGCAGUAAGAAAAUUUCCCGUCAUUUCCGAUUAUAAAAACAAUAACCAAUUUGCCGUUUUAAGUCAAAUCAAAGAAAAUAUAAUUAAAUCAUUACAAUUAUAUUAUUUAACAUUUGUCGAUCUGUUGGAUUUUAAAGAUCAUGUUUGUGAAUUAUUAACAACAAUGGAUGCUUGUCAAGUAUCAUUGGAUAUUAGAUGUAAUUUUGACUUGACAAAAGCAUAUCUCGAUUUGAUUGUCACUUAUGUAUCAUUAAUGAUAUUACUAUCACGUGUUGAAGAUCGAAAAGCAGUAUUAGGACUUUAUAAUAUUGCAUUCGAUAUGAUUAAUGGUCAUACGGAUUCACAUUUUCCCCGAUUAGGACAAAUGAUUAUUGAUUAUGAACAGCCAAUAAAAAAAUUGUCCGAAGAAUUUGUACCACAUUCAAAAUUAUUACAACAAGCAUUGAUAUCAUUAUCGGAAGAAUUUCUUGCACGAAAUAUUACCGCUGUUGAUUGGCGAAAUGAACAUUUAUUUAGUUUAACGGCUAAACCUGAACAAAUGUUAAAUCCAGCAUUAACUCCAACAACACAAUUACUUUAUAUGUCUAUGGAUGCUAUGGAACGUUAUAUUAUUUUUGGCUUUCUUUUGAUACAUCAGUUUUUGAAUCAACAAGAAACACAAAGAUUGUUUAUGAGUGCAUUGAAAAAUGGUUGGGUUAUUGUAUUGUUUCGUGAUGAAAUAUUACAUACACAUCAAUUUGUUCAACAAUAUUUUGAAACACAUAAAGGUUAUAAUAAACGAAUUUCCGAAGUUAAAGAUACAUUCAAUCAUGUUAUUAGUAAAGGGCCACAUUUUCAUCGAGAAAGACGUAAAUAUCUUCGUGCAGCAUUGAAAGAAUUAAGUUUACUUUUAUCCGAUCAGCCUGGUUUGCUUGGACCGAAAACAUUGUUUGUUUUUAUGGCACUUUCAUUUGCACGUGAUGAAGUUUAUUGGCUUUUACGACAUUAUGAAAAUCCACCAAGUCGUCAAUCAGGAAAAUCAAAAGUUUCACCCGAAGAUCUUAUUGAUCGUCAAUUACCUGAACUUUUAUUCUAUAUUGAAGAAUUGCGUGGUUUAGUUAGGAAAUAUAGCCAAGUUAUACAACGUUAUCAUAUACAAUAUCUUUAUAAUUAUGAUGCACAUCUUUUAAAUGAAAUACUUAAAAAUAGUCCAACAUUACCUGAAGAUGAUUGUAUUAUAUUGGACAGUAUUCAUGCUACUAUCUCAAAUUUAAAUGAAAGCCAAUUGGAAAGUCAAAUAUUUGAUUUUCGUCCAUUACGUUUGGAUUGGUUUCGUUUACAAACUUAUACCAGUAUAAGUCGUUAUCCAUUUUUGAUUAUUGAAAAUCCAAAUCUUGCUCAAUGUAUGAAUACAAUUGUUUAUCAUACAAAAAUGAUUGAUUAUCUUGAUCAAAUGUUAACCGAAACCAGUGAUCUAUCUAUUUUUUGCUUUUGUAAUCGAUCAUUUGAAGAUCAAUUUCGAAUGUGUUUAGAAUUUCCUGCACAAACACGUUACAUAAUUGCAUUUCCAUUAAUAUGUAGCCAUUUUUUAAAUUGUGUUCAUGAAUUAUGUCCCGAAGAACGAUAUCAUAUUGGUGAUCGAUCAAUCAAUUUGGUAAAUCUUUUUUUGGAAGAAAUGUCAAAAGAAGCAAAAAAUAUAAUCACAACAAUUUGUGAUGAACAUUGUAUUAUGAGCGAUAUGUUAAUGCCCAAACAUGCAAAAAUGUUUGCCGAAGAGAAAAAACUUAAACAAAAAGGACAACGAGGAGGAAAUGCUGCUGGAAAUGGACAACAAUCGAAUAAUAUUGAUCCAAGAUCAAUUUCAAAUGGUUUGAAUACAAACAAUAUGUAUGUAAUUAAACCUGGUGCUGAAUCAUAUCGUCGAAAUCGUGAAGAAUUAACAACAAUGGAUAAAUUACAUAUGGCAUUAACUGAACUUUGUUAUGCAAUUAAUCAUACACCAAGUAUUUAUGUUUGGGAUCAUACAUUUUCACCACGUGAAUAUUUGACACAAAAUCUUGAAAAUCGUUUCAAUAAAUCAUUGGUCAAUAUGACCAUGUAUAAUGAACAAACCAAAGAAAUUGCCAAACCAUCCGAAUUAUUGAUCAGUGUUCGAGCAUAUAUGAAUGUUUUGCAAAGCAUCGAAAGUCAUGUUCACAUUGAUAUGACUCGUGUGUUCAACAAUAUUAUGUUACAACAAACACAAACACAGGAUUCACAUGGCGAUAAAACAAUUACAUUUUUAUAUACAAAUUGGUAUCUGGAAGUUUUACUUCGUAAAGUUUCCACUGAUCAUAUUGUCUAUUCACCACGACAAAAAGCAUUUGUAUCAUUGGUUAUUGAUCCACAGAUGCCAUUUUCAGCCGAAGAAUAUUCCGAUAUUAAUGAACUACGAGCUCUAGUUGAAUUGAUUGGCUCUUAUGGAAUCGAUAGUUUGACAGAGAAAAUAAUGUGGCAUAUUGCCAGUCAAGUUACCGAACUAAAGCGUAUCGUCAAUAGAAAUGUUGAAACAUUGAUUGAAUUACGAUCACAUUAUGAUCGACCUGAACAGAUGAGAGAAUUGGUAAAAAAAUUGACCGAUGUUGAUUCCGUUCUUAAACGAAUGACAAUUAUUGGUGAAAUGAUGUGUUUCCGUUCAUUAUUGCAAGAAGCAUUGAAUGAUGUUCUUGAAGAACGUAUACCAUUUUUACUUGGUUCAAUAAAAGAUUUUCAUCAUUCAGCUAAUAGUUCAAUGAUUGAAUCAAUGCAUAUGGAUAAUAAUAAUGUUAUAAAAGUUGUUGAUGAAAUGGCCAGUUCGGCCGGUAUUGAAUGUAAAGUUGAUCCAGCAUUAGUAAAUGCUUUACGUAAUCAAAAAAAUGAUAUUAAACCGGAAGAAAAAUAUCAAUAUGCAUGUUUAUUGAUGGUUUUUAUUGCUGUUUCUUUACCGAAAUUAGCUCGUAUGGAAAAUUCAAUCUAUCGACCUGAAUUGGAAGCACAUUCAAAUAAUAUACAUUGUUUAGCAAAAGCAAUUAAUGGAAUUGCUGCUGCAUUAUUCACCAUAACCGAUAUGAAUGAUAUUGAAGAUCGACUUAAAGAAUUUUUAGCAUUAGCAUCAUCAUCAUUGUUACGAUUAGGACAGGAAACUGGUGAUAAAGAAGCUAUUCGAAAUCGUGAAUCCGUCUAUAUUCUAUUGGAUUUAAUUGUACAAGAAUCACCAUUUUUAACAAUGGAUCUAUUGGAAUCAUGUUUUCCGCAUGCAUUAAUUCGUAAUGCCUAUCAUGAAGUUUAUAAACAUAUUUCCAUUAAUAAUCAAUAAUUAUUUAUUCAUUUACUUUAAAAUGCAUUUUAUUCAAUUCAAAAUUCCAUAUACAAUCAAAUUAAAUCUUUCAACGAUGGCUGUAUUGGA